ACAGAAGUUUUGCCCAUAGAAAUAAGCACAAAAGAAAAAAAAGAAAAAUACCCGGUUCUUCUUCAUUCUUCGGACACUUUGAGCCCUAACACUCUCUCUCUCUCUCUCUCUCUCUCUCUCUCUCUCUCUCUCUUGCUGAUCGGUGAUAGAUAGCGUCGAUAAGCACACACAGAGAGGAUGGGGAGAGGAAAGUUCAAGGGCAAGCCAACUGGUCGACGCCAGUUCUCCACACCCGAAGAGAUGAUUGCUGGUACGUCUGCUCGUCCUCGUACAUUUAAACAGGUAGAAGCUGAACAGGACGAAGAGGAGAGAUCUGAAGAAGAAUCAGAAGAGGAGUCCGAUGAAGAACCUGAAAAGCGCAAAGGCAACCAAGGUAUUAUUGAGAUUGAGAACCCUAAUUUGGUGAAGCCGAAGACCUUGAAAGCUAAAGAUGUUGAUAUUGAGAAAACGACUGAACUCUCAAGACGCGAGAGAGAAGAGAUAGAGAAACAGAAAGCUCAUGAAAGAUACAUGAGGAUGCAAGAACAAGGGAAAACAGAACAGGCAAGGAAAGAUUUAGAGCGAUUGGCUCUUAUACGACAGCAAAGGGCAGAGGCUGCCAAAAAAAGAGACGAAGAAAAAGCUGCCAAAGAACAAAAGAAGGUUGAAGCUCGCAAAUAAUCAUGAUGGCUGCAAAGAAAUUUGUGUGAAAACUCCUUAUGGUAGGACAAAAAUAUUUGCUCUUCUAGUUGUUUUUUUACAAACAAGGAACCAUUAUUAUGCCCAUGCUGCCAAUUGUGAAAACUAUUUUCCCCUACUUUUGUCUCAAUAUUUGACCAUGUAUUGUCUUUUAUAGAAAUAGAAUUCAAAAUACUUAUGAAGUUUUUACCUUAUCUAUUCUAUUAUAUAAAGCAAAGGCUUGACUUGGUGUUUA